AUGGCUUCUUACCUGUCAUAUUUGCGUUUGCCGGCAAUGGCAUCAUCUGGCAUCGCCUUUUUAGCAAGCGGACUGUUAUACUACAAGCAAAACGAGCUUAUAUAUCCACGGUAUCUGCCAUCAGGCGCGAAUACUGAUGAAGGUGUCCCACGUCCGACACAGUUUGGGAUUUCUGAGUACGAAGACCUGCGGCUUUCUACGCCGGAUGGAGAGACUCUUGGGGCUUUCUUUAUUCGACCCUCCAACAAAGGACUUGCGCAAAAUGUCACAAUUCUCAUGUUCCAUGGGAAUGCUGGCAACAUUGGACAUCGGGUUCCCAUCGCCAAGAUCUUGGAGGAGAAUGUCGGUUGCAACGUUCUCAUGCUUGAAUACAGAGGCUAUGGCAUGUCAACUGGAACUCCUAAUGAAGAAGGUCUGAUGAUCGAUGCACAAACGGCUCUUGAUUAUAUCCGCAACAGAAAGGACAUUAAGGGUACCAAGAUCGUGGUCUAUGGCCAAAGCCUGGGUGGAGCUGUUGCGAUUCAACUUGUGGCAAAGAAUCAAGAGGCCCAUGAUGUGAUUGGUUUAAUUUUGGAGAACACUUUCACUUCGAUAAGAAAAUUAAUCCCCAGUGCUUUUCCACCCGCGAAAUACAUUGCUUGGCUAUGCCAUCAGUAUUGGCCAAGCGAAGAUAUUCUCCCUCAGAUUACCGAAGUCCCCAUCCUGUUUAUUAGUGGUUUGAAGGACGAGAUCAUUCCGCCAUCUCAUAUGAAAAAGCUCCUAUCCGUGUGCCGAGCAAAAAGCAUAACUUGGCGCACCAUACCCAAUGGCUCUCACAACAAUACAGUGGCCGAGCCAGAUUAUUUCCAGUUCAUCUUUGACUUCAUCAAGGAGAAGGCAUUGGGGAACACUGAUUUAUUUUGA